CGUCAUGUCCGCUGUUUGGUAACGCUCUGCAGCUGGUCCAGGACCAGCCUGUCCCGGGCCGGUCUGUGGCUGUGUCGGGGCCGCGGAGGGGAGGAGCUGACCGGGGACCAGCUGUCCCGCUGUCCCGCUGUCCUGUCGGUCUCCCGCUGUCUCCCGCGCCGCUUCCGUGAAGGUCCAGCAUGUCUCUGAGCGGCUUGUUCCGCGGCUCGCGGCCGCUCCACGGGCCGCUGCUGCUCACACGGACAUCCAGACCGCCGCCCCGGCUCCUCCGGAGGGGGGCUGGGACCGGGACCGGGACCGGGGAGCCCCCGUCCCCGCGGAGCCUGCACUGCGUCCCGCAGAACCUGAGCGGAGAACUCGGCCACAGAACCUCCAGCAGGCUGGGCGGGUCCUGCUCCAGAACCUCCUGCAGAGCCUGGUCCUCCGCCGUGCCGCCUCCGCCGUCAUCAGGAGAGAAGAGCAGGAAGUCAGGACCCGUGACCUGGAAGUCUUUAGCCGUGACCUUCGGCAUCGGAGGAGCCCUGCUGGCAGGAAUGAAGUACUUCAAGAAGGAGAAGGAGGAGCUGAUGGAGAAGGAGCGCAGCAGGUCCCUGGGCCGGCCGGCACUGGGGGGGCCGUUCCAGCUCCUGGACCACCACGGCCGGCCGGCCGGCAGCCGGGACUUCCUGGGCCGCUGGCUGCUGCUGUACUUCGGCUUCACCCACUGCCCCGACAUCUGCCCCGACGAGCUGGAGAAGAUGGUGGAGGUGGUGGAGGAGAUCGACAGGAUAGAGUCCCUCCCAGACCUGACUCCGAUCCUCAUCACCAUCGACCCGGAGCGGGACACACCGGACGCCAUGGCAGCGUAUGUCAAAGAGUUCUCCCCGAAGCUGAUCGGCCACGGGACGGCGGAGCAGGUGGAGCAGGUGUCCAGAGCCUACAGGGUCUACUACAGCCAAGGGCCCAGAGACGAGGACAACGACUACAUCGUGGACCACACCAUCAUCAUGUACCUGGUGGGGCCGGACGGCGAGUUCCUGGAGUACUUCGGACAGAACAAGCGCAGCGUGGAGAUCGUCAGCUCCGUCGCCGCCCACAUGAGGAAGUACCGGAAGAGCAGGGCGGCGGCCUGACCCCCCCGCCUCCCCCCGUUCUGUUUGUUUGCGGCGUGCUGCCUCAGGUCCUUUUCCUGUCAGGUGUUGAUCAGCUCCUGAAUCCACGGACUCGAUUCCCGCCAUGUUUCUGCUGGAGCGAACCGUAACCUGAGCUCCCGGAGCGACUCUGAACUUUGAACUGCAGGACUGGAGUGACGUGACCCUGAGUGCAGAGAAGAGCUGCUGCCGGGGGGGGCGGGGGGGUCUUCUGGAUUUACAAUUCCAGAUUCAUCUCCGUCUGGGGGAAUACCGUUUGUGUGGUUGCUUCACUUGUGUGGUUUGCUGCCGUGUGGCUGAUUUAUGAAAUGAGAAGAAAAAAAUGUAAAACUGCUGAUUUCAUGAUUAAAAAACAGAAACU